UGUAUUAGUAUAUGUCAAAUUCAUAGGUUGUUGAUAACAAGAAUUUUCAAUAUAAGUUAAAAAAAAAAAAAUCGAUAACGAUGUAUAAAACACAAGAUCAUUUUAAAACAAGUCAAAAGUUGAUAUCGGUAACACCACAGAUGAUACGCGAAGCUGUAGAAGUUCUACAAAUGAGAAAACUUUUUGUUAGCACUGAACUAAUAAUAGAUUAUUUAAUAAAACAUUAUCCAGUAGAUAGUGAAGCACUUACAACAGAACUUAUUCCAAAAUUGAAAUAUGCUGUACGCGUUGGAUUAAUAACAAAAUUUGGACAUGAUCAAUUUUGUAUUCCGACAUUGCUACAAGAUGCUAACACAAUCGAGACGGCAUUCACUGCAUUUUGA